GCCUAGCCCGAAAGCAGGGAAUAGGCGUGUCCUAGGAGAAGCCUAGGCGGCUGUGAGCUGUGGCUAAGGCGCGGCGCUCAGUUUGGCGACGUGGGGAGGAUCAAGGAUGGGAUCUGUACCGCUGGCUUCACUGGGACCCGCUGUGGAGGCGAAGGUCGUGCAGAGACACAGCGUGUUUCCCGGAGCGCGUCUGGGGAGGAUGCACCAGCGGAUGGGAGGCAGCUAACGGGAUUCCCUCUCCGCGUGGGUAGUCCGAGGAGCACGUCGCGAGUUCCCCAAGAGGGUUCGGUCGAGGGAAAGCCGCAAAGCCAUGAGAAGAGUUGGGGACGCCCAGCUGGAGGCGACCUGCGACGCUGAGGGCGUGAGAGGGGGCCGCGAUGGCCAGGGAAGAGUGCAAGGCGCUGCUGGAUGCGCUCAACAAGACCACGGCGUACUACCAUCUCCUGGUGCUCAGCGUGGGCGGCUCCGCAGACACGCAGGAUCUGCGCGAGGAGCUGCAGAAGACGCGCCAGCAGGCGCGCGAGCUGGCGGUGGCCACUGGUGCCCGGCUGACCGUGGCGCUGCGCGACCGGAGCUUGGUGGCGGAGGAUCGCGCCGAGUUUGAGCGCCUCUGGGUGGCCUUCUCCGGCUGCCUGGACUUGCUGGAGGCCGACAUGCAACGCGCACUGGCGCUGGGAACCGCCUUCCCAUUGCACGCGCCGAGGCGGCCUCUCGUGCUCACCGGCGUGUCUGGUGGCUCCUCCCUGAUGGUGGCCCGGGCCCUGAGCACACGCAGUCAGCGGCACGAGGCCGAGGGUGGCUUCGACGUCGCAGAUCUGCUGGAGCUUGAGCGCGAGAUCCUUCAGGUGGGCGAGAUGAUCGACGACAUGGAAAUGAAAGUCAACGUGCCCCGCUGGACAGUGCAAGCCCGGCAGGCGGCGGGCGCAGAACUCCUGUCUAGUGUCAGCGCUGGUGCGUCCUCCGCCCGGAUGUCCGUACAGGAACGCUCGGGGCCCUGCGAUCCCAAUAAGGCCCUAGCCACCACCGUUUUCAGCGCCGUGCUCCUGGCGGCUGUGGCUCUAGCCUUAUGCGUGGCAAACCUGAGCUGACACCCAAAGGUCACCCGCUGCCCCUGCGCCUCAAGGGGAAUUGUGCUUGGAGUCUGGCAUUAAGGGGAGCCCUACUAAACCUUGGUAUGUGCAUAGGUACAUGAUUGUUUCUUGUUUUGACAAGACAUGUUUUUGUGCUUGCUAGCCCAGAAGGAGUUAACUUUGCACGGGACGAUCAGGGCAUUAUCUCUAAUGUCUGCAGAAGCUUUAACUCCUAUUAAUAGAAAUCGGCCCACAGUGCCCCCAGAUCCCUUUGAAUUUAUGACUUAACAAGUACAUCCCAAGUUUGAUUUCCCCAUCCCAGCGGAUUUCCCCAUCUCCCACUCUGCCUGGGACAGUUUGGAAAGGGGGUUGGGAUUGCUUGAAACGUUGAGAGUGGGGACGUUUUGUUUCCUGGAUAAGAAGCAAAUUGCAACAAUGCAGUCAGUUUUUAUUACCUUAAUCCUCUGGGGCCUAAGCUUUGGGAGAGUAUGCAGAUAAAAGUUCCACAAGUGCUUUCUCUAUCGAAACACCAUUUCACUUCUUGGGUGGGUUUAUCCAUUAGACACCGGAAGCUACAAGAGGUUUGGGGUUGUGACCCUGUUUAGGAAAACCAAGAAGGUUGAUCCAAGGGAUGUGGUGGAAUUGGAUCCACCCCACAUUUGCGUCAAGGGAAGAGCUCAGCCUACCCAUCCCAGGAUGGCGGAGGAAAAGAGGCUAGACAGCUUUGGGAAGGGCCACACACUUAUGUAAACAGGCACUUUCUCCUUCCCAGGAGCUUAUUUUGUUCCAAAACUAGACCAGAGUGUUUGAUCCUCCUUCGAGGGAGGACUGAGGAAUCAAUCCUCUUUGAAGGACUUAAUCCUAUCUAUGUCCCUGGAAUUUGCGUGGCUAGCCAAUAGGAGCACUAGCUAUCUAGAGAGCUGCCCGCUCUCUGACCCCACAACUACAGGAAAGGGCAAGGUGGCAUUACUGGCACACACAGGCUGUGAGCCAAUAAGCUGAGACCAAGUUCAAAUGUGACAGCUUGAACUUGGAAUUUAAACAGCUUUAAAAACAAAUACAAAGAAGCAGGGCUGGAGAGGUAGCUCCGGAUUAAGAGCCCACACUUCUCUUAGAGCAGACCAGAGUUUGAGUCCCAGCACCCAUUGCUGGUGUCCAGCAACCUCCUGCAACUCCAGCUUCAGGGGAUCCAAGGCCUCUGGCCUCCAUGGGUACACACACACU